UGGCAUUUCAACAUUACGUUGUGCUUGCUACGACUAACACACACAUCUGUUUAUAAAGACAAACCAAGAACGAAUCAUUUCGCAAUUUCGUCUUAAAAUUUGGCGUUUAAAAUCUCUUGGCACCAAAUUCUUUGGUGUAGUAAUAAAAUUUUAAUGACUGACGAAACCAUUUUAAAUCAUAAUACCAGAAAAAAGCGAGCCUUUACAUAAAGAGUUUGGUGCCACUGUGUCAACAAAGACUAAAGACGAACAACCAAUUAAACAUAGAUAAAAAAUUAAUAAAUAAAAAAAAUAGGCGAAAUAUAAAAUAAACAGAAAAUAAACUAAGUUAAACACAAUAAACUGAGAACGAUGACCUCUGUGCCACAAACUAAACAAUAUAAUAUAACGCAUUUUCAACAACGAUAUAACUGGGAUUGCGGAGUAUCCUGCAUAUUGAUGGUAUUGUCCACAGCGCAGCGGAAACAGUUCCUAACUAAUUUCGAGAGCAUUUGCAAAGAAGAAGGUUUCGGCGUCAGCACCUGGACAAUUGAUCUCUGCUAUCUGCUACUCCGCUAUCACGUGCGUCAUGAGUAUUUUACACAAACGAUUGGCGUCGAUCCGAGCUACAAGAAGCAUACGUACUAUUCACAUAUAAUGGACAGGGAUGAAAAGCGGGUGUUGCGCAGGUUCAAGGAUGCGGCAACACGAGGCUUACGCAUUCAGCAACGUACAGUGAAUAUGCAUGGUAUUGUGAUGCACUUGGCACGCAACGGACCAAUUAUAUUGUUGACAAAUGCGUCGCAGCUUAUUUGCGAAGUGUGCCGUCGUACGAUUCGUGAGAAAAUUGGUUUUCACCUAUUUUGUUUUGCCCAAAAUAAAAACAAAAGUUUUGCUGGACACUAUGUGGUGCUAUGUGGCUACGAUGCAGAAGCACAUAAAAUAUUCUAUAACAAUCCCGAAACACGAGAUGGCCAUACUUGUCGGUGUUCAACGGCUUCAAUGGAUACAGCUCGAACGGCGUUCGGAACCGACCAGGAUAUCAUAUUUAUUUAUGAGAAAUCCAAACGCAAAAAGUAAAUACUUUGUGGCUGAUGUCAAGGUAGCUGCACAGAAGUUGUUGUUGUUAAAUGGACCUGAACGCCUAUGUGAUAUUUACUUGUAUUGUGUCUGCGAUCUGAUUGUUCUAGGCUAGGUUUUUAAUUUGACGUAUCCCAAUCAGUUUUUGGAAAUAACUAAUAAUGUUGUCAAAUUGUGCUUGCUUUAUUUAUUAUUCAAUAUCUGUAUGGUUACAUAUGCAACCUUUGUUGUGAAACAAAACAAAGUUUAGUAUUUUUUUGUAGUUAUAGCAUUUAUU